AGUCAGGAGGACUCGCUAGCUGGUAAAUGCGACUUUCAAUUUUUGGCGGAUCAUGUUUAGUUGUUGUAGUUUUUCACGUUCAACACCGCGACGGGCAUCGGCAUUGUCCUUUCUGUUUUGGUAUGAAGUAGAGGCUGCUUCCUUCGAAGCACAGUCACAGUCUUCUGUUUCAUAGUUUGUGGUGUGUCUAUCUGGUUAUUUCAAGCGACAAUUAUGACAGUCUUCGGGCAGAUUCGAGGUUGGGACAUUCCCGCUUAUGAAGCGUGCGCUUGUGCCUGUGACGAAGCGGGUGAGUUUCUUGUUGUCGGCAGCUACCGGCAUCGCGAUCUCGACGACGGCGGGAGCUCUGAACACCAGGAGUCUGGAUCUAGCAGUGGUCUUCGAAAAAAUACUGUCUCCGCCGAUGCUAGCGAACCCAGGCUAGAGAUCGAGUCAGGUGCGUUCCGAGAUAGUUUGAGCUGCGUGAUUGAUGUUCCGUCCUCUGGUGAUACCGGGGUUGAGAAUGCGCUGCAUAUAGAUUGUGAACAGCUCUGGGACACUGCAAGAGAAGCGACCACAGAAUCCUCGCCGAAAAGUGUGAAACCUGUCAGAAGCCGAUGGCGAUUUCCAAGAGACGACACUCGACUAGGUGAACUCUGUGUUUAUCAGAUUCUUGCGAGAGAACAAGGAGACAACACAUUAGAGGAUCACGCACAACUGCCACGUUGUCUCUCAAGGUUGGCUUUGCCGGGUGGCUGCUAUGACGUGUGGUACGACAAGGAUAUGAAAACUUUUCUAGCUGUCUGCACGAACGGUGAUAUUUUCGGGCUUCAGGUGCAAAGGUCUGUAACUCUGCUUGGUGAUGAAGGACACUGCGAGUCGGAUCGAACUACAACUGUCCAGUGCCGUUUGAUGCGAUUGCCGGGACUCUUGCGGAGGCUGUCAUCAGAUCCCCACUUAGCAGGUGAGGAGAAGAGUGAGGAUCUAGUGCCGCUUCUAACUCAUAUCAAAACCGGCAAGCAGUGUGCGGGAAUCACAGACCAAGCGGGACGCCUGCAUCUUUGGACAGAAAAGAGCAAGCUGUUAAACUUUGACGGAACUGCUGCUGAUCUUUGCAAGCAAGUCGAACAAGGGCCCGAUGGGUACAGUUGCAUCCAGGCUCAUGCCAGCGACGCUGCUGCAUGGACUUGUGCAUUUUCUCCUGAUGAAAGCCUUGUUGCAUCGGGCGGUGACGACGGGGUGCUCUGCGUGUUUGCUCGACGCGAAGAAGAAAACAGUGAACAACCUUGGUUGUGCAAGUGGCAAAGUACCACUAGGGAUCACAGCGCCGGUGUCACAAGUGCUCUUUUCCUGGACACUGAUACCUUGGUUUCAGGCAGUUACGAUGAGAAAGUCCGCAUUUGGAAGCGAGCUGAUGGAAACGGCAGUAGCUUGGAGCAGGUUAACAUACAGAUCUCCCUCGUAUUUGAAAGUACGCGAACCGGCGAUGGGAUUUAUCGCCUUUUGCCGUUACUCGCUCCGCAUCAAGACAAUGGGACUAAGGAGGUUGCAGAAUAUGCUGGUGAAAGCGGAAUAGGGCACGCCCAAUACAGUUUCUGGGAUAAGAAUUGUAGCGAGACAGACCACGCUAAUAGCGCUGCUUUUCUUGUCGCAAACAUUCGUGAGGGCUACAGCGUCUACACUGCGAAUGGAGUUAGAUUGUGUGAUCCUUUAGUACCAUGGGAAAGCGAAGUCAACAAACCGGGAGCUGAGGCCGAUGAGCAAGAGGUUGAAGAGGACCCGGACGCGGGGCCGCUUGCCUAUGGCAUGGCCUUUUCACCCGCCAACGCCACACUAUUUCUCACUUGCUUUCGUAACCGCAUGUACAGAACGACAUUGUCGUGAGAAUGCAAAUUGCAUGCACUUCGACGAAGAUAGUUGUGUCUGAUCGUGCUCAGCCAUACCUGGUCCGUAAUUUUCUCAAGAGUCAUUCUAUCUGUCGAUCCUCCCGUGACUAUUCUCCUUAUUCUUACGAAGUAAAUAGAAU